CACGGCGGCCAUGGAAACAGAAUGUUUGAGUUAGAAGGCCUAUAAAAGGCCUUCGCGUUCUUCAGGGCUUCCUUCUACGCCUUGACUUUGGUCGGACGGAGAAACCUGAAGGAGCCUAAAAAGCCUCUGAAGGAUUAAACUCGCUGAAUAAGCCUAUACUUCGACUACUUCUGAAGAUGACUGCUGCCCGGAAGAAGCGCCUGAAGGACCAGUCGGACGCCCGCAUCGUGGAGCGUCCAGCUGAUGGAUUCCCUCUGCGGAUAGGUAACCUGGAGGAGGGUAAUGAUAAGAAUGACUUUGUUGUACCUUCACAUUUUCCUGCUGAGUUCAGUUCUGGGGAUGACGGAGAGGACGAUGAUUAUGAGUCAGAUUCCAGUUGUAGUUCUCUACCAGCAGGUGCAGGGAUUCAGGUAGUGUCUAGUGACGAGUCAGGGCAUUCUAGCGGGGACACUGAGGAAGAAGACGCUGGUGUUGUAGAUGUGCCUCCACCAAGACGUAAGAUUGUCCAGCAACUUCUUCCUAACUUUAGAAUCUUGUGGGAUAUAGAGGAGCCAGAAGAACCCCUGAAACAUGAGGAAGACGCUAAACCUCGACGGACUUCCCAGCGUCCACGCGUGCUUCUUAGUUCUGAGGAUGAGGGAGAGGAUGAGGAUGAGUCAGAUUCCAGUUGUAGUUCUCUACCAGCAGGUGCAGGGAUUCAGGUAGUGUCUAGUGACGAGUCAGGGCAUUCUAGCUGGGACACUGAGGAAGAAGACGCUGGUGUUGUAGAUGUGCCUCCACCAAGACGUAAGAUUGUCCAGCAACUUCUUCCUAACUUUAGAAUCUUGUGGGAUAUAGAGGAGCCAGAAGAACCCCUGAAGCAUGAGGAAGACGCUAAACCUCGACGGACUUCCCAGCGUCCACGCGUGCUUCUUAGUUCUGAGGAUGAGGGAGAGGAUGAGGAUGAGUCAGGUUGCAGUUGUAGCGAUCUUUCAGAAGCUGCUAGUGUUCAGGUGGUGUCUACUAAGGAGUCAGGGCAUUCUAGCUGGGAUGCUGGGAAGGAAGACGCUGGUGUUGUAGAUACCAGCGUCUUCUUCCCCAGCGUCAAAUCUCGAGGGACCUCCCCACGUCCAUAUGUGCUUCAUAUUUCUGAGGACGAGGGAGAGGAUGUAGAUUGUAGUUUUAGUGCUCUUCUGGAAGCUGCAGGUGUUCAGGUGGUGUCUGGUGAGGAGUCAGGGCAUUCUGGCUGUUUUGAUGAGGACCUGGCUCCUUUGGCUUGUCCAAUGUGGAUGAAUACGGAGGAGGGUCUUAGAGAGGAGCAGUCCCCUCAAGAGCCGACUCUGUCUUCAUCUGGUAUUUCCAAGAAGAGGAGAAGGGAGGAGGGAGCUGAGGAGGAAGAGCACUGCAUCAAGAAGACUAAGAAGAGUGUCCCCCAGGAGAAGCUAACCCUUGGAGAGAGCAGACCCUCAACCCCAGGCGUCAGGUCACCAGGAAGACCGGAAGCUGAAGAGGACUUUGAGGAUCCGCAGCCUUCCACAUCUUGGGGUAGUACUUGGGGGAGCUCCAUAGCAUGGUGGUAUAGACCAAAGAAUGAGUCUGAGAGCGACUCUGAUUAGUGUGGAUCCCUGAUGGCUCAAGGAGAUCAUUUCUUGAUUGAGUCUUUGUUACAAAAGCUCAUGUCUUUGUGGCAGGGCUGUUGAUGCCCUAGGUAGCGCCUUGCACUGGGGCUUUUCUGUGACUUGCUGCAGGAGUUUGUGUUUUAGAUGUUAAGGAGUCUUUCAGGGUAGCACAGCACAUCCUCCCCAACCCGGAGAAGGCACUCUACCCUUUUCCGGUUCAAGACCAUGGUCUCGGAUUUGGAGGCACUGAUCCUCAUCCCGGCCGCUUUG